AUGACAGAGAACGCGCAGGCGAAAGAAACGGUGGCAGUAAGCCUCGACCACGAGGGUGAAGGCCCGCGGACGGACUUCACACCGAGUGUCGGCAUUUCAUCCGAGGCAUUUGUUCAUACAGAGGCUGCGGAACUCCUAAAACACCAUGGACGCAACGAGCUUGAAGAGAAGGUCACGCCGAGCUGGCUCAUUUUCCUUCGGCAGCUUUACCAGCCAAUGCCUAUUAUGAUUUGGAUCGCUGCAAUCAUUGAGGGAGCUAUUCAGAACUGGCCAGAUUUUGGCAUUCUGUUGGGCAUCCAGUUUAUUAAUGCAACGCUUGGCUGGUAUGAGACUACCAAGGCCGGCAAUGCGGUGGCCGCCCUGAAGGCCUCCCUGAAGCCGCAAGCCACAGCCAAACGUGACGGCAAGUGGGUUAACCUAGACGCGGCGCUGCUGGUACCGGGAGACCUGGUACUGCUGGGUUCCGGUUCCAACGUCCCAGCGGAUUGCCUCAUCAACCACGGAACAAUCGAUGUCGACCAGGCCGCUCUGACCGGAGAGUCGUUGCCCGUCACUAUGCAUAUGGGCGACAGCGCCAAGAUGGGUUCCACCGUCGUGCGGGGGGAGACGGAGGCCACCGUGGAGUUUACCGGCAAGAACACAUUCUUCGGCAAGACUGCUGCCAUGCUGCAGCAAGGCGGCGACGAACUGGGCCACCUGCAGAAGAUUCUGCUCAAGAUUAUGGUUGUGCUAGUCGUUACAUCGCUCGCGCUUUGCGGCACAGCAUUUGGCUACCUCAUGGGUAUGGGCGAAGAUGGCAAAGAGGCCCUGAGCUUCACUGUGGUGCUGCUGGUGGCCUCCAUUCCCAUCGCUAUCGAGAUCGUGUGUACGACCACCCUGGCGCUGGGCUCCCGGGAGCUGUCCGCGCAUGGCGCCAUCGUGACUCGCCUGGCUGCAAUCGAGGAUAUGGCGGGGAUGAACAUGCUCUGCUCGGACAAGACAGGCACACUCACACUCAACAAGAUGGUGAUCCAGGAGGAUACACCCACCUACCUACCUGGCCUGGACCAAGCACGGCUGCUGAAUCUGGCUGCCCUGGCAGCCAAGUGGAAAGAGCCGCCGCGUGACGCCCUAGACACGCUGGUGCUUUUAUGCGAGCAGCAAGACCUUUCCAAGCUGGAUGUUUAUGAACAAAUCGACUACAUGCCCUUCGACCCCACCAUCAAGCGCACGGAGGGCACCAUCCGCGACACGCGCACUGGCAAGGUGUUUAAGGUGUCCAAGGGUGCCCCCCACAUCAUCUUGAAGCUCUGCCCUGACCAGCGCGUGCACCACAUGGUGGAGGAGACCGUCUCGGCCUUCGGACUCCGCGGUAUUCGCUGCUUGGCCAUCGCCAGGACCAUGGACGACGAUACAUGGCACAUGGCGGGUCUGCUGACCUUCCUGGACCCCCCGCGGCCCGACACAAAAGUUACUAUUCACAAGGCUAUGGCCUACGGCGUUGACGUCAAGAUGAUUACUGGUGACAACCUGCUUAUUGCCAAGGAGACGGCCCGCGUGCUGGGAAUGGGCACCAACAUUCAGGAUCCCAAGAGCCUGCCCUCCAUGGACGCGGAGGGUAAGGCCCCGAAGGAUUUAGGCAAGAAGUACGGCAAGAUUAUUAUGGAGGCUGAUGGGUUUGCGCAGGUUUAUCCAGAGCACAAGUACCUGAUUGUGGAGGCGCUCCGCCAGAACGGUUUUGCUGUGGGCAUGACAGGAGACGGAGUCAACGACGCACCGGCAUUGAAGCGCGCAGAUGUCGGCGUGGCGGUGCAGGGCGCUACAGAUGCAGCGCGUGCUGCUGCAGAUAUUGUGCUGACGCAGCCGGGUCUGAGCACCAUCGUGACGGGCAUCGUUACGGCGCGCUGCAUCUUCCAGCGCAUGAAGAACUUCAUUAAUUACCGUAUCGCCGCUACACUACAGCUGCUGGUGUUCUUCUUCAUCGCGGUGCUCACGCUUAAGCCCGCUGAUUACGAGCCGCCACCGCAGCCCUGCGAGCACAAUCCCAAGGAGUUGUGUGACGCGGAGUUCCCUAAUUUCUUUAAGAUGCCGGUGCUGAUGCUGAUGCUCAUUACUCUGCUCAACGACGGCACCCUCAUCUCCAUCGGCUACGACCAUGUGAAGCCCACCACUAUGCCGGAGAAGUGGAACCUGCCUGCGCUCUUUGUAGUGUCUAUCGUGUUGGGAAUGGUGGCUUGCGGCUCCAGUUUGCUGCUGCUGUGGGCGGCACUGGACAGCUGGAACCCGGACGGAAUAUUCCACAAGUGGGGCAUUGGCCGAAUGUCGUACGGCAAGAUCACGACGAUGAUCUAUCUCAAGGUGUCCGUAUCGGAUUUCCUGACGCUCUUCUCCGCGCGCACCCACGACGGCUUUUUCUGGUCAUCGAAACCCAGCCCGGUCCUGAUGUGCGCCGCCUUGUUGGCUCUAUCUAUUUCCACCAUCCUGGCUUGCGUCUGGCCCAAGGGUCAAACGGACCACACUCCUACCGAGGGCCUUGCGUACGGUGAUUAUACCCUCAUGCCAUUGUGGAUCUGGAUCUACUGCAUCUUCUGGUGGUUCGUGCAAGAUGCUCUCAAGGUGUUGACGUACUGGGUAAUGCACAAGCUGAACUUGUUCGACAUCAACAGCGCGUUGGUCGUGAACAAGCGUGACGCGACGAACGUGCACGGCGAUCCGCUGGCGCGCCACAGCGUAGGCCUUGUUGAGGGCAAACUGCUUGCUGCCAAGGUGGGAGAGGCCCAGGAGAAGAUUGCGCACGUCAUGAAGCAGGAGGGUGCUCUGGGUCGCUUCUCCGCAAACCUUAUGCGGGCCUCCGCAAACCUCGCUCAGAUCUCCACCAACCUCAAGCAGGGUGGGCAUGCUGUCAAGGGCGACAUGGAAGAUGGCGUUGCCAGCCUGGAGCAGGCAGUGGGUAAUCUGGAGGUGGCCACUUCGGACCUGGAUCCGAAAAUGCGCGGCGAGAUCAACCCCGUGCUGGAGGGUGUGCGUGACGCUGCAGAGAGGCUGGCGGCCAACACCGCAGCUGGGCUCACCGGGGCCAACACACAAGGGUUGUCGCGGAACAGCAACAACCAUCAUCCUGCUGCGGCGCUGUGAGGUAUGGAAGAGGCAGUAUGUUGGUAGGCGGGGCCCACUGCUAAGGGAAUAAGCGCUCAUCCUGUCGUUUGCCGCGUGGUGCGAGUCCGGCAUACUUGCCGCAUGCUGGUGAGGUGUAUUAUAUCCCGCUUGCCUGAGCUCAGUGCAACUCGGGGAUGUGGACUCUUCGAAGGAAUCCUGCAUAUCCAAGGUUAGCGAGGAUACUGGCAGUCGCACGGGUUGCAUGACCUGGCUGGGCAGAGGCGGCAUCGGUGGUUCAGUCGUUGUGGGUGGCGAGACGACCGAGCGACAGGAACUUAAUGCUAAGUGAGCGGCGGAGUAGAGGAGUGUGCGGGAGGGUUUCUGUAUGGAGAAACGUGUGGCCAGCGCCCCCUUGGGUGUUGGGCUGAGUUCGUAGGUCCGAGUUGGCGGGAAUCGGGCAGACUGCUCUCGGUCAUUUCUCGAAAGCCGAUGGGAAAGGGAAUAAUGGGAAUGCUGAUAGGUAUUAUUUAUGGAAUAAAAUUUUACAAAGUUUAUCAAAAGCCUUCCAUGUGGCUUUGGGAACCCAGUGCCAGCACAGUAUUGAUUACGAAGUGCGGCAUGAAGAGGAAAGUGAUUGUACGUGUCAAAAGGUACGCGGGAAUGGGGGACCAAAAACAACGCAGCAAAUAGGGCAUUACCUAAUCUCGCAUGUUAAAUUGCGGCUCCUUGCCUCAUCUCGUUGAUUGUACAGAGCAGUAUGCUGCAGGAUUCCCCGUCCAACGGUAUGUGAUAAGAGUUGAAGUUACUUUACGCGCGUCAGGUACUUACCUGCUGGCCUUAUUCUCUUUCAGUUUCGUCUGUUUAUUUUGGUGUUACGGUGGGUUUUGGAGCAGCGCUGGUGACACGUCUCUCAUCGUUGAGUCCGGAUCCAUGUCUUACGAUGCUACAUACCGCAUUGGCUGUUGUUCUGUCAAUUGGGAAUCAAAUAUCAGGUGAAUUCCCGAUUUUCUUUGGUUGGUUUUGGAUGGCAUGGCAUAGUUUGCCCUUCACGGCAUGGCGCCGCGUUGGUGCUUCUUGGGUUGAGAAAGUUGGUUAGUACCCCUUUGCUUCUUGGGUUGAGAAAGUUGGUAUACCCCAUUGCGGUAUGCAGUAUUGGCUUUCAUGGCCACGCGAUUACUCAUGGUGAUUUGGGCGUCUUAUUGUGUUUUCGACUGACGAUUUCCGCUUACGUCUGGAAAGGCUGCUGUUACCAUUUUCAUGGUACUAGAUUUAUUUAGAAAUGUAUGUAUUGUCACAUGUGCUGUGAAGGGUAUGGCGCUGUUGUGGUCUCACUGUGGUGGUGCUGGUCGACCAUCUAAAGGCCCAUCUCAUCGAAGGGGUGCUGUAAUAUGAUUUCCAUUUGCGGUGGGCUGUUGCCUACCGCUUGUUGGGUAUCUGGAUGGAAAGGAGUAUUACUUGUUGCCUCUUCUUGGCCUUCUUCUGACAUGAUUGUAACGUUAGGGCUUUG